AUGGAGCGGCAGCGCCAAGUGUCGUCACGCUUCGUGCUGAAGUUCCAGUACUCGCAGACACUACGCCAGUACUACGAGCAGGGCAACUUCCUCAACUUCAACAAAAUUUGCCAAGGGAUCAACGAGGAGAAUGUGCACUCGGGCGAGAGCAUCUGGUUCAUCAAGCAGACGUCGUCCGAGCUGGAGGACAACAACCUUGAAGUGACUGUUGAGGUUGUCCACAAGAAAAAAUGGGACCGGUUGCUUUUUCGUUUUGCUCGUGCAUUUCUGGAGGAUCGACCCGACAGUCUCCCCUUACACAUGUGCCCCACGAUGCGGAUUCCUUGUCGAAAAGUUCUCUUCAACACGCUUAGAACGGAGCACAACAAUUUGAAGCUGCACGCGAUCCGCUGGGGAAAUUUGUCGGCCCGCGGUUGUCUACUAUGCCACUGGGAGGUCUCCUACUACACAAUGACCCAACAAGCCGAUGCUGUUGACCAGAAAUGGGUGAUCGCCGACUUUAUCCACGACGAGGGUCUCGCGCAGUUCAGGCUACGCACCUGUGAAAAGGAUAGGAAACAAGAUGGAGGCCGCGUGUUCUGCAACUACACCCUCAAGCUCUUCUACAAGCAUAUAAAGAAGAUGAUUGUCGAUCUGGACCCCGUGGAAACCGGGCUCUCCCCCGGGAUGAGGCCCUGUCGCCUGCACUUCUUCACGUCGGUACCGUUGUCGAUUCGGAAGACGUUCGAGUGCGGCCGUGACUCAAAUCGUGUCCAAGAAGGCGAGCGAUUCCUGGAAGUAAAGCGAGGAAGGACAUUCUUCGAACAGCCCAGCAACAAGGCCGUCUUUGGCGAGUGCCCCGUAUUUUCCAUCACGUUCCAGGAUAUGACCGACGAUGACCUGUACCAUCUCCUUUCCCGUCUCUACUACCGCAGCGGCGCCGAGAUCGAGUUCUGCCGGCUCGAGGUGGUCAACUUUCUGCUGGCCCAGAAACCGACCGAUGACCACUGCGGCGCCCACUACAUAAAUAUCCACUCGGAGGAGAACAUGGACCUGCUCAUACAGUUGCUGCAUCUGCACAAGGGACAUCCCGCUACGCCGGUGCGCGUCUUCAUGGUGCUCUACCUCAUCGAGGGUCUACUUUCGCGAGGAGCUGUUGUGAAGGAUCAAUUGCUUCUGGAUCGACACCAGUACAAGAAUUUCCUGAACCUCAUCUGCCCUCAUUUCCGCAAUCGAAACACGCGUAUACGGUGCGAAUGGGUGCUCGAGGAGAUGAUGGAUAUUAUUGACCAGAUGGCCGACGUCUUCUCUCUUCCGGCGCUCUUCCAGAAAUUGAUCAGCAGAGUGGUGAAGCAGGAGGAGAUUGACAACCGGAUCAACAUACAAGAGGGCUAUGUGCGUUGUCGAAAGAUCAUCAUCACUCCGUCCCGCAUUCUCUACGUGGCCCCGGAGGUGAUGAUGGGCAAUCGAGUCAUCAGGACGUACGGUGUGAUUGGGGACAAGGACAAAGACUCGGUAGAGAAGUACGCCAUCCUCCGCGUCUCUUUCCGCGACGACGACGGUCAAUUGAUGCGUCGUGUGAUGACGGGGCGGCAGGUCCUCGACCGUACCGUGCGCGGCGCAAUGACGGAUGGAGUCGUCGUUGGAAAUCAGCAUUUCAACUACCUCGGCAACUCGAACUCGCAGAUGCGCGAGCACGGCUGUUACUUCUACAUGGGGAGCACCAGCAAAUGCGAAUCGAUCCGUCGUAGCCUUGGCAAAUUCCGAGAACUACCAACGAUUGCCAAGGUGGUGGCCCGCCUCGGACUUUGCUUCACGCAAAGCAAGGAAAUUGAGGUGAAUCUGACGCGUUCAUUGGAGAUCACCCACUACGACACUGUGUGCGAUAUCACCGGCGGCGCCAAUCGCUUUGACGAGGAGUACACGUUCAGCGACGGCGUCGGCCGCUCGUCGAAGCAGUUCUUCGAGACGCUGGCCGCCGCCUGCUCAUUCCCGAAGAAGCACGUGCCGUCAUGUGUUCAGUUCCGAUUCCGUGGCGGAAAGGGCGUACUGUGCUUGGACCCGAUUCUCGACGAAUACAUCAAAUUUGGCGCCCGGCUGCGUCUUGUCGACCCGGAAACGGGUUUGGUCGACAAGGUGCUGCGAAUCGAGGACCCAAGAGCCGAAAAUCAGCCGCCUGCCUUUCAUCGCGUCGUCUUCAGGAAGAGCCAGAUGAAAUUCUCGGGCCCGAAGAAGAAGGACGGAACGGCAAAAAUGGAGCUGGUGAAGUACAGCGCGCCGACGUCGCUCUCCCUGAACCGGCCGUUCAUCAACAUCCUCGACCAGGUCUCCGAGAUGCAAUCUGCCCGGGCCCACGAGAGAAUCUGCAACCGGAUUGAGGCGCUGCUCGAUCGGCAUCUGCGCAAUAUUUCCAUGGUUCUCGUCGAUGAGCACAUGUGUCGCAGCAAGAUCAAGGAAUUGCCCCACCGGCUCGACAUUGACCGGUUGCCGGGCUUCCAACUGGCUACCGAGCCCUUCUUCCGCUCGUUGAUCAAGGCCCUCGUCCGCUAUUCGUUGCACAAACAACUACACAAGGCGCAAAUCCACAUCCCGCACGAGCUGGGCCGGGCCAUGUUCGGCGUCGUCGACGAGACGGGUCUCCUUCAAUCGGGCCAAGUCUACUGCUCCUACACGGUCAACAUUGGGCUGAAGACGCCGGCGGCUAGCGCGUCGAAGCGCGUUUUGUCCGGCCCGGUGCUGAUCACGAAGAAUCCGUGCAUCGUCUCCGGCGACGUGCGAGUAUUUGAGGCCGUCGACAUCCCACAGCUGAGCCACCUCCGCGACGUGCUCGUCUUCCCACAACACGGCCCACGGCCCCAUCCCGAUGAAAUGGCCGGCUCCGACCUGGAUGGUGAUGAAUAUUCGGUGAUCUGGGAUCCGGAGCUGCUCUUCGAAUACAACAUGCCGCCGAUGGACUACUCGUCCAAAUCGGGCGGCGGCGCCCUAAAGCCCGAAGACAUUACGAAGCAGAUGAUCGCCUACUACCACAAUUACAUGAGCCAGGACCAGGUUGGCCAAGUGGCGAACGCGCAUCUAAUCGCCUCCGACACGUACGGGCUGGACUCGGUGGUGGCGAAGGGAGUGGCGAAGAAGCACUCGGAAGCCGUCGAUUUCCCGAAGACUGGCCAGGCACCCGAGAAGCUGACGGCAGACUGGACCCUGAUCCCCGUUGACGAGCCGGAUCGGGUUGGAAUCGAGGUUCCGCCAGAGAAGGCCCCGCGAAUGCCCGAUUUCAUGGAGAAGGACCAGGCGCCCGUGUAUCGCAGCGCGCGCAUGGCCGGAAAGGUUUACAGGCAAGUCAAAAUGGUGCAAGAAGUCCUCUACCAGUCCGAACAACGCGACCAGCAGCUGUCCUUUCCGAUGGACGAGUCGCUGUUCAUCGACGACUGGGAAAUUUUCAAAAAAGAGGCCGAGGAGGACUACGCCAACUACUGCAAUACCCUCAAGCGCGAAAUGGAGCACUACGGUAUUCUGACGGAGGCCGAGCUGCUGACGGGGGCCAUUAUGGAGAUGAGGAACCGGCUGUCGGACAAGGAAAAUGACGAUAUGAGCCUGUACAACACGAUGCACGUCUUAGAAUCCAAGAUGACGGCCGCCUGGACGAGCUAUCGGAAGGGCUUCUUCGAGAACGAGAACAAGUACGCACGCCACCCGGCUUUUGGCGAAUACCGCGAGAAAUGCCAUCUGUACGAGAACAAGCCGUACGCCAGCGAGGACAACGAUCUCCACUAUUUCUGCUCCACCUCGGAUAUCACGCUGCCGAUGAAGCAGAAGGCCGUUGCGUAUUAUCGCGUCGCUUAUGAAAAAGCGCAACACGUGCUCCCCGAGCAAGGCCGCGUCCUCUCGUUCCCGUGGCUGGUGUGGGACAUUCUGCGCGAGGUCAAGCAGGACUACAUUUUGAACCCGGCGAACGAGGGCGUCAUCGGCCGGCUCAACCAGUACACCAUGUACAAUCAACUGACGGCCCACAUGUCCCAGUACUGCGCCGAGCACCAGGAUCAGCUGCUGAUGUUCAGCUACCGCGUGCAGCAGUGUCGAGCCGUCGCCCUCUACACGCACAAAUAUGACGGGACGGGCCGGUGGAGGACCCGCGAUCAUCACCAGAUGCCCGAAGAGGAGGAGGAUAGCCCUGGGCUACUCCAAGUGCUGUUUAUCGCCAGCCGAUGGGCCGACGUCGUCAAGGUGUACGAGGAGGGGAAUAUUCGGGAGAUGCACUUGAUGCUGUUGAUGCUGCAAUACGCGACGAGCCACCUGCCCGGCACAUCACACGAUUCCACCGUACACCUGGAAGUGAUUCCGGUGGACCAGGACUUUGCUGGGGAUGACGAACGGUUGGCGCGGAUUGGGCUUCGGUCUCCGGGUCGACUGUUUGCCCUCUUCUUGCAAUAUAUCGGCUCGUGUACAUUCCGCCGUCUCCCCCAUCUAUUCUUCGACGAUAUGGGCUAUGAUAUGGCGUUUUUCGACGAGGAAUGGCAUCUUCUACACCAGUGCGCCCGGAUCUCGUUCUAUUCGAUGGUGUUUUCGUCCCGUUUUGAAGAACUUCCCCUGCGUGCCGAUGAGCAUGAUAAGCCGUUGCCGGAGCUCGUCCAAGAGGGCACCUCGUUCACCAUCGAAUUGCCAAUGACAGUACGCGAACUGGACCUUGAAGAUGAUCUACGCAAAAAGUGUGGUCUGCAAGAGGUGAAGAUGCGAAGGAAGCACUCAUACAAAAACGGAGAAGCGGCGACUCGUGUCCGAGUGUCGGCUAUGGGCACCACGAAAGCGUUGCGGAAAUUGCGUCGACUCGUUCAGGCGCGACCCAUUCACAAUGCCGAAAAAAUGGGCAAAUCGAUCGAGAGCGCCUAUCCACAACGGACCCUUCAGAAUAUCCGAAGUGAGCGCCAGCUCGACGACUACGACAUGGAG